GUUUGGCCCGCUAAGACUGGCGUUAAUAAACGCACUUGUGUACAAAGUUAUUAUUGCAAGGGCAUAGAAACAUAACAUUUUUUAUGGGUUAAUUGCAUAGUUGGUCACCGGAUUUACUAAAACGGUUCAAAUUUGGUCACUAAAAAUAUUUAAUUCCGUUCAUGGUCACUAAAAUUACUUAAACAUUUCAAAUUUGGUCACUCUCCGUCCAAUUCUGUUAAUUUUGUCUGAUGUGGCAGUCAACUAUUAGAGUUGACCGUUAAGUGUGUGACGUGGCAAUUAAAAAAUAAAAAAUUUAAUUUUUUAAAUUUCCACCUCAUUAUCACAAUUUAAAAAAAUAAUAAAAAUAUUAAAACUAAUUUCUUCUAAUCUCCAUACCCUACCGACCAAACCCUGAUGCUGUUGGAGUUACCUACUCCGCCGCCGCACUACCACCGCCGCCGCCCAGCGAAUUCCAGUCGCAGUUCAUCUCCGUCCUCGCAGCACCUCCCGCCUCCCGGAGACCAUCGCCUCAGCGGUAGUGGCUCUCGGAUUCCGCUCGGUGCGGAUUCUGGAUCCAACACCGAGCCUGACGCGGGCCUUGUCUUUCACCGAGGCCAGCGUGCUGCUCUCCAUUCCAAACCAUCUGGUUCAAGAAAUGGCGAAAUCUCCGUCUUCCGCAGCAGAGUGGCUCCGGCACAACGUAGUGCCGUUCUAUCCCCGCACGCGAGUUUCCGUCGUCUAUGUUGCGACGACGCCGACGCGCAGUUCGUCGUUGCCGCAGUUCGCAAUGUGAAGCUGGCACUGACAGAGCUCGCCAUCGACCAAAUUGAUGUGUCAACCACCUUCAGCUUCACGACGCUGGUGACCGGCGCGUUUCCAGAAGAUGCUCCAUAGCCUGAAUAGUCAUAGCUGCAUAGAGAAACAACAGAGAACAAAGGUGAUCACAAUAAAGCUCCAAUCUUUGAACAACAAGGAAUACAAUCAAGCAUCCCAAAACCCAAAACCAGAAACAACUCUAAUUUCGACAAGAAUUCAUCGAAAAGCCAGAAACUUUCAUCAAAUCCAGUCUUGAACAUCUCCCAAUCAACAUUAAUGGUUGAUUUAAAGUUCAAAGUACUGUGAAUUUGCACAAAUGAAAAUGAAACUUUCUA